CCGCGGCGUGUGCGUGUUGGGAUCGGCGCGAACGAACUCGCCGACGCAGCGGAACCGCGGAGAGGAGACGGUACGCAUCCUCCUUUUCUCCCUCGAUUGAUUCCACGCGGGUCUUCUCCCCACUUGCUCAUGGGUCAUGGAUUUCCUUCCAACAACACGACGUCGUCUUCCUCCUCGCGUUUCACCAUGCAAAUCAGUUGCCUGCUUGUCCUUGUCAAGGCUCAAGCUUGCGCUAUUUGUUUCCCCUGCUCUCCUCUCUGAAUUUCUUCUCUGCCUCUUCUGAAAUCUGAACUGAACCAUGCUUGUGCUCCUUCCUCAUGAACAGCCUUUAGAAUCGUGUCACUUCUGCUCGCUGAAAUUAUAAAUCUCUCAUCCUCUUUAGUUUUCGUGGAGUUCUGGGUGUUUUGAUGGAUGGUACUCCCCAAAGAUUUGGAUUUUAAUCAGCAAGUAGGUCUAUUUUGUGGUUGAAUUUGCCGUCAGAUCAGAUGGGGUGCUUCGCCUUCAGGAGCGGCAAGAGCAAGGCCAAGAACCGGCAGACGCCGGCGGCGUCGGGCGCCAAGUCGUCGGACGGGCAGAAGAGCAAGCCGUCGGCGGCGUCGUCGACGCCGGCGAGGAGCAUACAUGAGCUGUCAGAGGAGAGGGGCGCGCAGCGGCUGCGGGUGUUCGACCUGGACGAGCUCAGCAGCGCCACCAACGGGUUCAGCCGCGCGCUCAAGAUCGGCGAGGGAGGGUUCGGCCCCGUCUACCGCGCCUUCUUCCGCUCCGGCGGCGGCGGCGGCCGCGGCCGGGUCGUCCUCGCCGUCAAGCGCCUCAACCAGCGCAGCCUGCAGGGGCACAAGCAAUGGCUGGCUGAGGUCCAAUUCCUAGGUGUUCUUGAGCAUCCCAAUCUAGUGAGGCUUGUUGGCUACUGUGCAGUGGAUUCAGAAGCAAGCAGGCAAAGGUUGCUGGUCUACGAGUUCAUGCCCAACAAGAGCCUGGAUGACCACCUGUUCAACCGAGCUCAUCCUCCCCUCUCAUGGAGAUUGAGGCUGCAGAUCAUGAUCGGCGCCGCGCGCGGACUGGACUACCUCCAUGAAGGCCUGCAAGAAGUUCAGGUGAUAUACAGGGAUUUUAAGGCAGCCAAUGUUCUUCUUGAUGCCGAUUUCAACCCAAAACUUUCAGACUUUGGGCUCGCAAGAGAGGGGCCAACUGAAGGAAAGACACACGUCUCCACUGCGGUGGUGGGGACGCACGGGUACGCGGCGCCGGACUACAUCGAGACGGGGCACCUGACGGCGAAGAGCGACGUGUGGAGCUUCGGGGUGGUGCUGUACGAGAUCCUGACGGGGAGGCGGUCGGUGGAGCGGAGCCGGCCGGCGGCGGAGCAGAAGCUGCUGGGGUGGGUGCGGCAGCACCCGCCGGAGAGCCACAGCUUCCGGUCGAUCAUGGACCCGCGGCUGGGCGGGCGGUACACGGCGGCGGCGGCGCGGCAGGUGGCGAGGCUGGCCGACCGCUGCCUCGCCAAGAACCCCAAGGAGCGGCCGGCGAUGCGGGAGGUCGUGGAGGAGCUCGAGCGGGCGCUCCAGAUGGAGCCACCGUCCACGGCCGACAAGGACGGCGGCUGCCGCCCCCCGCCGCCGCCGCCGGCGAAGCGGUGACGUCGGCUUCCUCAGUCGAUC